AUGAGUUAAUUUCCUCAAAACGUUGUGAUUUCGACUAAUAAAAUUCAACCUUAGUAACUUAUCAACAAGCAGCAACAAAUUUCUUCAUAAUCAUUUACAACUAGAGUUAUUAAUAACAAUGUAGGAUUUUCUAAAGAUUUAUACAGAUAAGUUUUAGGGUACAACAAUAAUGAAUUAGACUGCUACAAUCCUUAAACUAGACUUAACACAGUAAGCAGUAAGUCUUCUUAUAACUCAAAACAUUUCGCCUUGCCUUAAGAGAAGCUACUGAGCUUUACAAGACUAUCAUAAAACGUGUAGACGAACUAAACCAAUAAUGCACCAUAUCAGCAACAAGAUACUGAUUAAAGGUUAGCUACUUAAAUAAUAACUCCAUAGAAUGCUAUCUCUCAGACUCAUUCUUUAGUAAACACUGCUAGGUCUUCUAACAUUAAUAUUGUAAUUAAGAAGGAUAUUAACAAACACUUAGCCAACAUUUGUACUGAUAAUUUCUUAAGUGCAAGAGAAGCAGCUCUAGAGUAGAGAUGCAAUCAAAAUUAAAAAUAGCAAUAACAACUUUAGAACAGCAUCAAACCUAUUUUGGCUCAGAAGAAUAUCUAAAAUGAACUAAAUACCAAUCCUUAAUAAAUAUUAAAGGUAAAUGUUAACUCCAAUUUUCUUCACCAACACUAGCUAGAUUAAAAGACUUUUCAAAGUAAAGAAAACUUUCAACAAAAAGCUUAUUAAAAAGAAUAUACUGAUUAUAAAAAUACUUCAAAAUAAAAUAGUGCCUUACUAAAUGGAUAAAGUAAUUUAGGUAAUUUAGAAAUAAAUAAGAAUAGUCAAAUAAAUAAUCGUUUUAUAAAAAUUGGAGAGUUAGAGAAAAACAACACAAUUCAUCAAAUAGGAGAAGAUAAACUGACUCAAAGAAGAUCAUCAAUAUAUUUUUAAGGAUAAGAUUAAAUAAUAUAAGAAGUCGCUUAAAACAAUAUUUAUAGAUAGAACGAUGUGCUAAUAGAAUAAUAAUUUUAGUAAUCUUAAAGUUAACAAGAAUAAACAAAUAGCUUUAGUUAGAUUACAAAUAAUAUUAAAAAUAAUUAAAUAAUUCAUGACAAAAAUACCAUUUAAUAAUAAUAAUAAUAAUAAUAAUCUUAUAAGUAAUAUUAGUAAGUUAAUUGCUUUUUAAACAAUCCAUAUUCUGUAUAUUCUCAAAAAAGUUAAUUUGAAAGUAUUCAAUCAUAUAGGUUGUAAGAAGAUACUCAGAAAUUAGUAGAACAAACUCAAAGUAGCAUUAAUUAGAAUAUACAUAAAAUAAGUAUAAACAAUGCUUUUUAAAGUUAAAACAACAAAGAACUUGAAGCUACUAUCUCUCAAUAGACAUAUGAUAACUUCCAGUAAAAUUAAUUUAAGGCCUUACCAAAAAAUCAGCAGUAAUAUUAGCAUUUUGAGAUAAAUAGCCAAAACUCUUAAACAGCUGGAAAUUAAUAAUUUAAUUCAAGAAAAAUGAGCUAUAAACACGAUAUAGGAGUAGAUGAUUUUUAGUUGAGGAGAAUCUAAGAUAUAACUCCAUAAAAUGGAAUAUAAGAAUAGGUUUAAUAUUAAAGUAGCUAAGAAAUCGGGACAUAGCAGCCAUAUUUAUAUCUGGUACCAUAAAAGGUUUCAAGAUAGAGAAAUAAGACUGCAAUUAAUCAUGCAGAUUAGAAUAUAAGAAAUGUUAAGACGAGCACAAAUAACCUGUCUGUGUAUAUGUAAACUGUAUAUACAAAUAGAUCGCAUGAUAUCGCAACUAAUAAUAAUCAAUUAGAAAAUAGUUAUUUGAAUGAAAUAACCCCUGCUUCAACAAGAUCAAUCUAAUAAUCUUAGCUAUUAACAUAAUAAAAUAGUUAGUUCCAGUAAAGAAAUUAUAGCUAAAAUGAAUAGUAUUUAACCUAAAUAGAUUAAAUCAGUAACUACAACUCUUACAGCCAUAGGCAGAGCAGGAUUACUAGAUAGAAUCCUGAUUUUAAUGCUGCUGAAGUUUCAGAUAAUAACAAUUAUUAUGGAUAUUAAGAAAAUAGUCAUAAAUAAUACUCUAAUAUUUAUAACUUUCCAACCAAUCAAAGCAUUUCUUAAAAUGAAUUUUAAAAAAUAUAAUAGGAAAAAAUGACAAAUAAUAUGGAUUCUUCCUUUUCUCGUCAAAAUAAUUAAUUAAAGGUUGACACAAAUGUGAUCAUUUAGUAGUAAUAAGACUUUAGCAGUUAUAGAUUAUAAGAUUAAAAAGCAAAUAACUAAAGCUUUUAUUAGGACUAAAGAUAGAAUAAUAAUUAUGAAUAAAUCUAAAGCUAAAUUGAUAAUAACACAUUUUAAAAUGAUCUAAAUUCACUAAAGAAAAUGGACACUUAAAAUUAUGACUAAAUAUCAAAGAGUAUAGAUGAAAUUUUAAAAAAUUUUAACUUCAAAAUAUCUAAUCAACUCUCAUUAACCAAUAAUUAUUAAACAAAUGCUUAAGAGUAAUAGUUCUAAUAAACUGAAAGUUAGGUUCCUAUUAAAAAGGAUUCAUUUUAGCUAUUCUCAGAAUUUAAUUAAUAACAAUUAAAUUAGAAUAAUUAUAAAACUAAUACUUCUAGCUAGAGAUAAAGUUUUUUGAAUGGUUAAAAUAACUCUUUUAAUAUUUAUCUGGGCUAAGAAAAAAUUACACCAAAGGACUAAGGUUAAAUUGACUAUAACUCUUAAAAUUAUAGCCAAAUUCCAUCAGUUUAAUUAGUGGGCAAUAAAAUAAUAGAUGAUUACAAGCUUGACACUCCUUUUUCGAACAGAUUUUUAGGUAUUCGAAAAAGUUCGAGGAGUUUAUAUACGCAGAAUCAAGAAAAACAAAUCGAUUUUGUUAAAUAAAGUGAAGAAGAAAAAGAAUUUUAAGUUUAAAACAAAGUAAAUCAAUAAAAUUAAUAAUUAAGCAAAGAAAUAAAUCAAUAAAAUAUAGAAAAAGAAGAUUAAAUCCAAAUUGAAACAUAAUAAAGUGAUUACAAUAGUGUUAAUAACAUAGUUAAUAAUGAGCAUUAAAUCCCUAACUAAACUAAACAAACAAAGUUAAACAUAAAAACAUUUCAAUAAACGAAUACACAAACUAUUAAUACAUAUCCUGUAGAUUAACAUUUUUAAGAUAGCUUUAAAGAGAACAAAAAUAUUGAUUCCAGAUUAGAAUAUUAGGGUAAUAAUUCUAUUUUUAACUUAAAACCUUAAAAUUUUUAAACAAAUAAUGGAUUAAUUAAAAAAAGAUCUUGCAAAUCUUUUUUGUAGCCUAGUAACUUAGAAAAAUAAAAUUUACAAGAUGAAAUGUUAAAUUGUAUUCAACAAAACUAGAAAGAAUAAAGUAUGUUUUUGUUGGAAAAUCAAACUGAUGAAAAAAAAACUGAGUAAGACAAUAAAGUAAACACAUUUAGUAAAAAAAGAGGUCUUAAUACAUAAAUAAUAAAAAAUCUCUUAGUUAAUGUUGUAGAGAGUAAAUCUCUUUCAAAUAGUUUUAGAUAAAAUAAUUUAAGCAAGAAUUCAAAUUCAUCUGCAAAUUAUGAUGGGAGAGGUAGCUCUUUAUUAGGUCAGGCUAAUAAUAGUUAAUUGUGUUAGCCUGUAAAUUAAAAUUAUAUAAAAAAUAGUUUUAUUUUAAAAAACAAGCUACCUCUUCAAGAAAAAUCUUAAAAAAACAAUUAAAGUUUGAAUUUAAAACAAAAAAUUACAAUUAAUGAAAAAAAUAAUAGUCUGAAUAAUUUAAAUCAAAAUUAAAACUUUAGUUAAAAACUAAAUACUAAUGACGAUUAUAAUAGUGAGUUCAAUAUUUAAAAUAAGAAUGAGAAUUAUGAAGAAAAUAAAAAUCUAAAUAAUUUAACUAAUAAUAAUAAAUCAUGUGAUAUUAAAUUCUAAUAACAAAAAAACAACAUUGAGCUAUUUAAAAACUAAGAAUUAGGAAACUUAGAAAGUCAUUUUACCGAUCCAGGCAAAGGAACAUUUGAUAAUAACUUUGUAAGUGACCCAAAAUCUAUUAAUAAGGAAAUUAUUCCUUAAAAUUUAUUGAAUUUUGUUAAAGAUUUUAAAGAAGAAAUUCCUAAAGUAAUAAAAUAUAGAAAUAGUAAAAGUGAAGUUGAAAUAAGUUAAUAAAUUCCAUAAAUAAAUUAAAAUAACUAAAUGCAAAAAUAAUAAUUGAUUUUAAAUACUUUAAUUAAUAAUAAGCCUUUUAAUGUUAAUCAAACUUAAUAACAAUUAACAGUUAAUGUUAAAAAUUAAAAUUAACAAACUUCAAAUACUGAAAUAAAUCAUGAAUAAACAAAAAAACCCUUUCAAAAUGGAAGUUUAAGCAAAAAUAAUAAUAAGAGGAAACUAAGCUCAAAUUAAUCCUAAAACUUUUAAAAUAAUAAUAAUUAAUCAUCUAAUGAAUCUUUCAAAAAUUUAAAAAGUAAUAACAGCCUGACCCAAACAAUUAAUUUAUUACUAAACAAUUUUAAUGAGCGUCAAAGCUUAGAAAAGAAAGAAAAUUAAAAAUUAAAAUCAGCAAGAAAUAGCUUGGAACUCAGCUUCAAAGCUAGCUAGGAUCAAACUAAAAGGAAUACUGAAAAUAUUUAAGCAGUACAAGCAGUAAAUAAAUCUUUAAAAGGAAGUUUUAUAAAUUCACUUAAUAGUUUGUCCAGCACUGCACGUAUUGAAUAAACUUAUAAUUAGCAAAUCACUUAAUAAAUGAUAAGCUAGAAUUAAGCAGAAAAAAAUCUGUAAAAUUAAAAGAAAAUGUUAGCUGAAUAAUAACUUAGAUUAUCAUUAAUAGAAGGUGAAAUGUAAAAACAAUAAAUUUAAAUAAUUUCAUAUGAACCAACAAAACAAACAAAGCAAUAAAGUAUUAAUUCAUAAAGAAGCCAAAGUGAGUAUGAAUAUAGACAAAACAUUCCUAGUGACAUACAAAAGCAAGGUAUAUCAGGAAUUACUGACAUAAUAUAACUAAAUGAAAAUUAAAGUGUCUUUAAACAAGAUUUAAACGUUAUGACAUUCUGCAAUAAGGAUUAAAAUUUCUUUAUGAAUGAAACAAACUAUUUAGAGAAUGAUGAAAAUUUACCUCCUCAUAGCUUAAAUUAGAAUGGAUAAAUGUUCUCAAAUGCAUUUAAUAAUGAAAGUAUUAACAAUUAAGAUAAAUCUAAAUAGUCUUUAAAAGUAUAAAACAGUAAAUUAAAUAAUUAAAUUAUUUCUUAAUCAAAGGAAAAUUAAGAAAAAGAAAAUUAAAAUCUCAUAAAUUUGAAUGAAAAUAAUUCAUAAAAAUUGCAUAUAGUUUCUGUAUCUCUUGUAAACAGAAACCUCUCUACAGAUAUAUUCAAGGAAAGUAUUUCACCUUUUUCUUAGCCCUAUUCUUCUACUUCAAAUACAUCACCAUCUGCAUCUUCUAUAUCUUUAUUCAACCUUCAUUCUGUCAGUUAAAAUAAUUAGUAAGUUCAGGUAAGCUUCAGAUAGCUUCCACCUACCUUAACAAUAGAAGAGCAAAUUCAAAUGUUUGAUAUUGAAGAAAAGCUAAAAAAACCUGAAUUAUAGCUCUAAACAGUGGAAGAUAUUUCAAACUUAAUAGAAGCAGAAACAACUUAUUAUAUUGAUUAUAAUAUUUUCAGUAAAAGUAAUUAGUUCAAUCACUAAUCUAGAUUUAUUUUAGUUGAUUGGAUGCAAAGAUAAUGCAUGAAAUUUUAUUUAAAAAGAGAAACCACACACAAAGCAAUUUACUACUUUGAUUUAUAUUUUACAAAAAUACAAAACAUCAAAGAAGAUAGAUAUUACAUAAUAGCUAUUGCUUGCAUCUUCAUAGCUUCUAAAUAAGAGGAAAUAUAUCCUCCCUCUUUGAAUGAUAUUCUUUCUGGUUCACAGUAUGCAUCUUAAAAAAAUUUAAUAAGCCAACAAGAAAUUGAAAUAAUCAAAUGUCUUAAGUGGAAACUCAAUCCCAUAACUGCUUGCUAUUGGAUGGAUUUGGCUAUGGCACAAUGGGAUAGUAUUCAAUAGGUAUAAAGUAAAUCUUGUAUUUUCUUUAGAAAAAGAGAUGAGCAAUCCUAUAAAAGAUACAGAGAGGCUUACUAAUUUUUAGAUUUUAUUAUUCUUGAUUCAAACAAAAUGAAAUAUUCUUUGAGAUUAAUCACUAUCACUUCAAUAUAUUUAGUUAUUUGUAAAUACUAUGCUAUUAAUCCUGAAUAGCCAAAUAACUAAAUUGACUAAAUAUUUUAAUAACAGAGCUAUUUAUAAAUGUUUUAAUUAAAUAUUAAUCUAAUUAAGUAGUGUUCUAAGGAAUUAAAUAGUUUCUUUACAAGUUUGGCUUACGACUUUGAUUACCCAAAUGCUAUUAAAUAAAAUAAUUUUAACUAGAAAAGUUAUGAAGAAUUUUUAUCUUUUUAGUCAUACAGUUAACUUAACAAAUAAAAUUUAGAAAGUUUACUAAAAUAAAAUUAAAAAUUUAAUUUAUGA